AGGGCCCUUUCACGGGCUGCUGGGGCAGUGACGGUGGAGACGGCUAGACCAGCAGCAGCACCCGACUUUGAAAUGGCUCUGGCACAGAGAGCAGCUCCUGCCCUCCUGCUUUUCCUGGCGCUGCCUGCGGAGGCCUGGCCCAGCCUGGGGCUGCCCCGGCCGCCGUGUGUGCACUGCUGCCGCCCGGCCUGGCCCCCGGCUGCCCCUGGCACAUAUGCCGCUGAGAGUGAUGGAGUGGAGUGGACGCAGGUGCCACACAUUCGGCCCACGAUCGAUAUCUCAAUCCUCAAAGGUGAGAAGGGCGAGGCAGGGGUCAGAGGUCGUUCCGGUAGGAGCGGGAAGGAGGGCCCACCGGGUGCCCGGGGCCUGCGGGGCCGCAAGGGUCAGAAGGGAGAGGUGGGGCCGCCAGGCGCCCCAUGCCAGCGUGCCUAUGCGGGAUUCUCCGUGGGCCGGCGCGAGGGCCUGCACAGCACCAAUGCCUUCCAGGCCGUGCCCUUUGACACAGAGCUGGUGAACCUGGAUGACGCCUUCGACCUGGCCUCUGGCCGCUUCCUCUGCGCUGUGCCCGGCGUGUACUUCCUGAGCCUCACCGUGCACACCUGGAAUUACAAGGAGACCUACCUGCACAUCAUGUGCAAUAGGCAGGCCACAGCCGUGCUGUACGCACAGCCCAGCGAGCGCAGCGUCAUGCAGACCCAGAGCCUGUUGCUGCCGCUGGCCGCUGGCGACACGGUCUGGGUGCGCAUGUUCCAGCGUGAUCGUGACAACGCCAUUUACGGUGAGGGCGGGGAUCUCUACAUCACCUUCAGCGGCCACCUGGUCAAGCCAGCAACCGAGCUCUAGCUGCCACGGAGAAGCCCUCACACGAUAGCCAGCCCGCAAUGGCACUCACUCCCCAGACACCUCCAGCCCGAUCUCGCCCUCACACCCGGUACCAGCUGGGUCUGAGCACUGACUGGUGU